CUUCAGAGUAUUGCAGAAAUGCUUCGUUUGAAUGUUCCUAAGGCUCUGAAGUUAGCUUUCAACAAUUUAAAGGAUUCACAAUACAAAACUCGAGAUAGUUCAAUAAACGAUGUUGGUUUAUUUGAAAGUGUUGAGAUGUCCGUGCUACUUUGUAACGACGAGUUUAUCUGUAAACUUAACAAAGAAUGGAGGGACGAGGAUCAUGCCACUGAUGUCCUGUCCAUGUCACAGCAUGUCCCAGAACUGAAGCUUCCAAUUCUUAUGUUAGGUGAUAUUGUCAUUUCCGUUGAGACUGCUGCGAGGCAGGCGGAGGAACGGGGACACACACUCCUUGAUGAGAUUCGGAUACUCCUGGUUCGUCACUUGAUCGCCCUUUUUGUUUUAAGAUAAAAGCUUAGAAUUUUG